UUACGUCAAACUGCCGCCCGCCUUGCGUAAUCUCCCCCCGCAUUUAGGCCCGGGGAUUCCACGGUUGACUUGCCCAGUCGUUCGAUACUCUCUCGCCCGCACGCUCGCUAUCUCGCUUGCGACGGCAUCCAAUCCCGGUCGCCGCUGUUUCCAUCAAGAAUGGGCGUUUCGAUGAAGCAGACGGCGGUGAUUGUGGGCACUUUGGGUACGCUGUCCUUCAUCUUUGGAGUGAUUGCUGAGAAUAAGAAGCCUGCAUCUGGAACUGUGAUUACCGGUAAAGAUGUCGUAAUUUGCAAGUUUCCGUCUGACCCCACUGUUGCUCUUGGGUAUUUGUCCUUUGCAUUCCUUUUGUUGUGCACCGUGGCGGGCUAUUGGUCUCUGUUUUACCCGUACAAGGGAAGGUCCGUCCCUCAAUCAGUUUUUUUCCGGAAUACUAGCUUCGUCAUCUUCUUCAACAUUGCCUUGUUUGUGGGGGGAUUGGCAGCGGCGAUGCUGUUAUGGCCGACAAUUACCGAGCAGCUGCACCAGGUCCGCAAUGUUCACAAGAACCCCAGCUACGAAUGCCCCACGGCCAAGACUGGUCUAUUGGGUGGUGGAGCAUUUCUGUCCCUUGAUUCGGCUCUCUUCUGGCUGGUCGCCCUUAUGCUAGCGGACAACACCCGUGAGGAUUUCUUUGACGAGGUUGAUGAGCCCCGUAAGGAUGGUGAUCAGGGUGAGGCUCUCACAAGUGAAUAUGAGGUGGAUGGGCAUAUAAAGGGGGUAGCCUAGUAAGUGUGAUCGGUAGGAAGGAUUAGGCGAGUACAAAAACUCUGUUAUUCAUAUAAAGCAGCAGCUUUAGGCCUCUGGGGAUGCUGUGAAUGUCAGUUGCUACUUAAGCUGUGGUCAUUGACCUUGGGACUGUUUUCUUAAUGUUUAAAAUGCUGUGGGUUUAAUGGUUAUAUGGAGCGUGUUCUCUCUA